AAGGAAAUAAUGACUAUUAAAAAAAAGCACAUAUAUGGUCGUCAACUCUUAGAAGAAUUUAUGAAAAAUCCUUACGAGUCUUACAUAGGUGGUGGGGGUGAUCAAUUAGGUGACAUUGAACAUGAUGAAAAAAUGGAAGAUUAUUUUGUAAAUUUUCCAGAGUUUAUCAAGCAAGAACUGGAAAGAGGUGAAACUUCAAUGCAAGAGAAAAAUGAAAAUAAUUUUUUUGAAGAUUCAACAAAUAGUAAUGGAAAGGACACAGCAUAUUUGAUUGCAGCAAGUCAUGGAAUAGUUGAGAUGAUGUUAGCACUUCAAUUACAGAUAAGAAGUGUGAUCCAUGAGAUCAACUGUAACAAUGAAAAUGCAUUGCUUUUGGCAGUAAAGAAUAAGCAACCACAUGUUAUUCAGUGGUUGAUGAAGAGUUUACCUAAAGAAGUUUUUCAUCACCUAAAUCUAGAAGUUGAUAAAAAUGAUAAUACCAUGUUACACUUGGCAGCAUAUACAUCAAUCCAAAGAGAAAAUAAUUGGAGGAUAUCAGGUGCUGCCAUGCAAAUUAUAUGGGACAUCAAGUGGUACAAGUACAUAAAAGGACUAGUACCAGAUCAUUUCAAUCAUAGAAACAACAAAGAAGGAAAAACCCCAAGUGAAAUAUUUAAAGAUCAACACAAAGAACUCCUUGAAAAAAGUAUUGAAUGGUUGAAUCAAACAACACAAUCAAGCUCAGUUGUAGCAACUCUCAUUGCUGGUGCCUCCUUUGCUACUUCAGCCAGUGCCCCUAGUGGAAAUCAGCAAACAAGAGAACCAAAAUUAGAAGGACAUCUAGCCAUUGAAGGAUUCACUAUAUCUUCAUUAAUUGGACUUUACUUUUCUGUUAGUGCACUCAUCAUGUUCCUUUCUAUACUCUCUUCUCGGAAAGAAGUCGAAGACUUUCGUCGAAAAUUACCAAUGAAGCUUCUUUUUGGCUUGAGUUCUCUCUUUGUUUCGAUUGUUGAUAUGUUUGUGUCUUUCUGUGCUGGACAUUUCUCUGUGCUUAGUGAUAAAUAUAACAAGAGAGGUAUCUUGUUCUAUUUAUAUAUUUCCAUUUGCUUGCCUAUCAUUUUAUAUGCAGCUGUGCAAUUUUCGCUAUUUGUUGAUCUUGUUAUGGUUAUUUGGAAGAAGGUUCCACCACCAAGUGUAAAGGGAGUUGAUCUAUAGAGGUGUUUUCUUUGUUGUGAUUGCUAUGUGAAUUGAAACUAAUGUUUUUUUGUUUGUACUUGAAUAAUGUCUUUUGUAUUGUUUUGAGUACUGGUGUGAAU